CGAUUCCCGGACCGGCAGCAUCUUCUUCUUCGCCGGCCAUGGUCGAUCCGACGAGCAUGGGCAUCAUGGGCGUCGCCGAGGAAGACGAGAUCCGCGGGCUCUUCAUGAACGCCCACCUGAGCGACGUGCUCCUCCUCUUCCCUGCGUCCGGCGGCGCCGACGCGGCCAUGAGCGUGCCUGCCCACCGGCUCUUGCUCUCGCUGCGCUCGGGCGCCUUUCGCGCCGCCUUCCUCGACAGCUCGACGAGCAUCACCAACAUCGCGACCGGCGCCAAGCGUCUUCGCCUACCACUCAAGAUCGUCGUCCAAGACACCUCGUACGCCAUCUUCAAGGAGCUCCUGCGCUAUCUCUACACGGGCAAGAUUCAGGCGACGCCUGCGUCGGAGAGCUUUUGGCUCGACUUACUCCAGGCCGCCGCUCGGUACGACGUUCCACGAUUGUGCAUCUUGUGCAUCGAGGCCGAGUCGCCCAACCACAAGCUGCACCUGAUGGAGAUCCUCAACAUGGUCGACUCGGACGUCUUUCACGCCAUGAACAGCGCAAGCCCGGUACACUGCGCCAUGCAUCGCCUUGUCGACGAGUGCAUGCGCACCAUUAUGACGAUGCCAGACACCGAGAUGCAGCAGCUGCUGCAGCUCGCGCAAUGCUCCACCGAACGUCUUCUCUCCAUCUACCGGCAACGCACCAACGUGCCUCUCGUCCUCGCAAUCCAGCACCAAAACCUCCGCGUUGUCGAUGCCCUCUUGUCGACCGAGACGGACAUGGCAGCGCUGCUCGGUCAGGCGAACGACGCUGGCGUGCUUCCGCUGGUGGCCGCGCUCCAGACGCAGAACGAAGCCAUCCUCCGGCGCGUGCUCGGGCUCCCGACACUCGAUCACAUUCUCAUGGAAAACAGCAUCCAGGGCUGGUUCCUCAUGGCCUGCGCAAGCGGGAACCGCCUGCACUGCGAGCUGCUCGUGCGCGACCACGGCGCAGACGUCAACCUCAUUUCGACGCUCGCCGACACGCACGCGUUUGGGCGCCAGCAGACACCGUUGCACAUUGCGAGUCAUUUUGGGCACGUGGCCAUUGUAACGUAUCUAUUGAGCUGCAACGCCGUGCCCAACUUUCAAGACUGCGACGGCAACACGCCGCUGCACGUUGCGAGCACCGUCGCGGUCGCCGAGGCGCUCGCCGACAAGUGCAACCCCAACAUCCCCAACAUGCGUGGCCAAGUGCCCAUGCACGUCGCUGCGAGCCGCGGCGACAUUGGUAUCGUGAGCCUUCUCUUCCAACAAGGCGCCGACCUCGAUGUCCUCGACGACCAAGGCCAAACGCCUUUUCAUAUGGCGGCCGCCCACGGUCAUGCAUCCGUGGUUCUUAUCCUGCUCAAGCUUACGGAAGAUCGUGCAAGCGAGGUCAGUGCGACCCCGGACGACCCGGAAUCGCCGGGGACGCCCCGUCCAUCGUUCGAUAUCAACGCCGUCGACUACAAGAACAACACGGCGCUCAAUUUGGCAGCGAUGGCGCCGAAAGACCGAUGCGAGAAGAUUCUUCAAGUACUGCUCGAGAAUGGAAGCGAUCCGAACGUGGCCAACUGGUUUGGCUACACGCCGCUGCAUACAUUCUGCGCGCAUCACACGGGGCCUGUCUCUGUCAUUGAUAUGUUUCGGGAACACGGCGCCGACAUUCAAGUGCAGAGUCUUGACGGAAGCACACCUUUGCACUUGGCCGUAGGGACAGCCAGUGAGGCGAUUGCAGUCGCUCUUGUGCGGGCGGGGGCUCCCGUCUACGUCCAGGACCUCGUCGGCCGCAGCGUCGUCAACCUCGCAGAAAGCACGUCCCAAGGCGUCAUGGUGGUCCCAAUCCUCAAGAACGUCAACGUGCCGCCGCCGUGGGUGGCCGAUGACACGGUCGUCGAGUGCAUGUCGUGCGGCCAAUCGUUUGGCAUGGCCAUGCGCAAGCACCAUUGCCGCCACUGCGGCCGCGUGAUCUGCUACCAGUGCUCGUCCAACCGGAUUCUGCUGCCCAAGUUUAACCAACCGUCGGCCGCGCGCGUCUGUGACGUGUGUUUUGACGUGCUCUCGUUCCGAAAGCUCAUGUAACAAGCACGCUUGAGUAUGCGGCGUGUGGCAAACCC